CCCUCCCCUCCUGCCUUUCACAUGAUCUGAAAGCUCCCUCUGAGAUAGAAACAGGAAUGUGGAAAGGAGCGACAACAUCGAUGGCAGAGGGAAGCCACAGACUCUCCACAAUGCGUUCAUUUUGCGCUGCUUUAAUCGGGCUGACAUUCAUCCUUCACACUCAUGCAGUUCAUUGGACAGAGGAAAAGUUGAGGCACACAGCGCUCCAACUGAGCGAAGAUGAGAUCCGUGCCGCCCUUUCUCACACCGAUCUGGAGCAAAUGUGGCAGAGAGACCUGAGGCCGCUGCUGGUUACACGGUACCCGAGCUCUGCUGGCAGCCAGGCAGUACAGAACCAUAUAAAAACAACCCUCAGUUCCCUUGGAGCAGGCUGGGAGGUGACCGAGGACAGUUUUCAGUCACAAACUCCCUAUGGCCAGCUGCCCUUCACCAACCUGGUUGCCACCCUGAACCCGUCAGCUAAACGUCACUUGGUUCUUGCCUGUCACUACGACUCCAAGUACUACCCCCCUCAGUGGCAUGGAAGGCAGUUCCAAGGUGCUACCGAUUCCGCUGUCCCAUGCGCCAUGAUGUUGGAGCUGGCACGAGCCCUGGAUGAAGAACUGAAAAGUCAGAAGAGCUCCAGCGCCAACCUGACCCUGCAGUUGAUAUUCUUUGAUGGAGAGGAGGCACUCUUCCAGUGGACCUCCACGGACUCGCUGUAUGGCUCUCGCCACCUGGCAGAGAAGAUGGAGGCGACUGCACAUCCCGAAGGAGCCAGUGACACCAACCAACUGCAUGGCAUAGAUCUGUUUGUGCUGCUGGACCUUAUCGGGGGCCCUCGCCCCACCUUCGGAAACCAGUUUCCUGAUACCACGUCCUGGCUCACCAGGCUGCAGGACAUUGAGAAACGCUUGCAUUCCAUGAACCAGCUGGUUAACCACUCAAACAGCGUGCAGUACUUCUGGCCGGAUCGUCCUGUGGGCAGAAUUCUCGACGACCAUAUACCAUUCCUGCACAGAGGUGUUCGGGUCCUCCACCUCAUACCCUACCCCUUCCCGUCCGUGUGGCACACGUUUGACGACAACGAAGAGAACCUGGAUCGCCCCACAAUUGAGAACCUCAAUAAGAUCCUGCAGGUUUUUGUUCUGGAAUACCUCAACACCAGGCCCAGCAUUCCUUCGAACCCACAAAAUGCCCCGUGACAUUUCCCAUCUUUGUCUCGUGGUGAUGCAAAGCUCUCCACCUGAAAGAAUACAAUAGGUCAGAGGUUGUAACUCAGCGUAUGCAGGAAUCACACAUAGAAGUCUAAUUUGUUUGUCAUAAAAGAAGCUUACUUUCGAAAGGCAUAGUAAAAGAGAUUAGAGUACCUUGCAAAGUGUUUUCAUCCCUUUAAACAAUUUGUAACAACACAGCCACAAAUAUCUAAGUGUUUUAUCAAGAUUUUGCAUGACAAACCGAUACAAAGUAGUGCAUUGCUGUAAAGUAGAAGGAAACUCUUUAAAAGAGCGAAGUGCAUUUAUGCGCGUCCCCUUUUACCCAGAUAUCCCUGAAUAAAGAUCCUGUGCAUCCCUAUUAGUUUGCUGGAGAAUAUAACUGAAAUAAACACAAGUCCAGACCUAAUCUGUAACAAAACUUGAGCACAGCUGAUCAAGUCAAAUCUGCCUGAGCUUGAGCUAUUUUGUGAAGAAUGGGCAAAAUUGUAACCACUUUGUGGUGGUCUAUCACGUACAAUCCAUGAAAAAUACUUUUAAGUCUGGAGAUUUAACUUAAAAGAAAAAAAAAGUUUAGGUGGUAUGAAUACUUUUCCAAAGAGCAGCGGAAGCUUUCUUUUAAUGCUUUCAACAACAAGAUCCCUUUCCAUGACGUUCAGUCUUUUCUGAUUCAGGCCGUUAUCAACACUAUGGAGACAUCUGUGUGUUGGUUGUAAUGUCUACAGUCAUAUUCAAUAAAUUUGAAUAUUUCUGAAAAGUUCAUUUAUUUCAGUAACUCUAUUCCCUAAGGGAAACACAUUAUAUUGAUUAACACAGACCGAUGACGUUUUAAACCACCUCCAGUGAAUAAACACACAGCAUUUAAGAUUAGAAUAUUGCAUCCGUCCAAUAAAAAAGCAAAAUUAUUCAUGUAGAAAUGGGGCCUGAAUGAAAUGUAAGUUUAAUACCGCCUUAAAGGUACUUUUUUUUUUCAAAUGGCACUUUUAAUCUGACAAUUAACCCUUUUAAAAUGCGUAUUCAAAUCUACUGAACAUGACAAUAUAUCAUUUCUUCCUAAAAGGAAGAAGAAAUACAAGGUUAAAAGGAAGUAAAUGUAAUUACACCUUUUCAGCUGGUGAGUUUAAACAAAAUGUUACCCCUCAAAGCUGAUAGCUUUGUAGUUAAUAUGUACAGAAACCUCUAAAUCUUGUAGUCGAUUGCCAUCCAUGUCCGUGGAUCUGUUUUUUUUUUUUUUUAGGGGAAGUGUAACCAGGCCACCCACACUGACACAACUCAACAUACUGUGUGGAGUAAGAGAUUUUAACAGCCAGUUAUUCAACAUUUCCUCCCCCAAUGUAAAUCUGUGCUGGGUUUAGAAACCAAAGCUGUCAGUGGCAGGAAGUAGGGCUCUCUCUCACCGAAGCAACUCUCUCGAACCCUUUACAUCCUGUCAUCUUCCACAGAGAGGUUGAUGUAUUUUCUGUGCCAGUCUCUCCUUUGUUUAAAUGAAGCUGUAAGCCUCCUUCUAUUGUGUAAAUGAAGUUACUAAUAAAUGUUUCUGCAGAAAACAAA